GAAAAGCAUUCCCUUCUCAGCUCUCACUGUCAACAACAUCCCAUCCUGAGGACACGGUCAACACAACUGAGAGUGGGGAAUCAAUUUGAGAUCUAGCAUCACUUAAACUACCAUCAAAGGCACAAAAGGCAGAAGAGAAAAAUGAAGACAGGAUAUUUUGAAGUGGUCAUCAUGCUCCUGUUAGUCGUGACUGUAACGAACAUCUUACAGAUGAAGGCUGAAAUAUUAGACAUGGCAGAUAAUGUAUUUGAUGAUGAAUACCUGAAAUGUACUGACAGAAUGGAAAUGAAAUAUGUUCCCCAACUGCUCAAGCAGGAGAAGGCUAGCCAUCAGCUCUUGGAGACUGUGUGGGAAAAUGCAAAAGCCAAAUGGGAAGCCCGGAAAACUCAGCUAUUUCUUCCUACAAGCUUUAAGGAUAACCAUGGAAUAGCCCUAAUGGCAUAUAUUUCUGAAGCUCAGGAGCAAACGCUCUUUUACCACCUGUUCACAGAAGCUGUGCAAUUGGCUGGCCAAUCACGGAAAGAUUAUAUCUAUGGCUUCCAGUUCAAAGCUUUUCAUUUUUACCUUACGAGAGCUCUGCAGCUGCUGAGAAGACCUUGUGAAGACAGUUACAAAAAUGUGGUAUAUAGAGCAAGCCAGGAUAUUUCAUUUACAUUUGGAGGGCAAAACCAAGCCAGGCUUGGCAAUUUCACAUUGGCGUAUGCCAAACCUGAAGUAGCUAAUGACCAACACAUUACAUUGACUAUCUACACAUGCUUUGGAGUUGCUGUUGAAAAUUUUUUUGGUAAAGAAAAUGAAAGAAUCAUUUUAAUACCCCUGAGUGAAGUUUUUCAAGUGUCGCAGGAUGAGGCCGGCAACAGCCUAACCCUUCACAGCACAAACAAGACUUGCAGCCAUUACGAGUGUGCAUUUCUAGGUGGACUAAAGAGUGAAAAUUGUGCUGAGAACCUAGAAUAUAUUCAGGCCAUCUCUGCGUACAACCCUGGUGAGGAGAACCAGAAGCUGGAAGACCCCGGUGUGAAAAUCCAUGAACCACAUGAAAUACCUGGAAUGAAAAUUACAGAACCUUUUCCACUACCUGAGAUGUAUAAUGCAAUUAACUCAAAAUCUGUUUAUAUUUUAGAAGACAGACAUCAAGGAAACAUGGAUAAUCCUACUCCAGGUCCGGGUCCGGGUCCAGUUCCUGUUCCAGGUCCCAAAACUCAUCCUUCUGCAUCGGCUGGCAGUAUGCUUCUCCCACCACUUGGGGCAUUCAUCAUUUUAAUUAGCACUCUGCUGUAAAUCUUUUUGUUGUUCCAACGUUUGACACAUUUUUUAUCUUUCUUAUUCUGUACUUGGAAGGCACUGCUGUGAUCUCACAGGAGAGCAAAAACAAAGAUGUAUUUUUUCAUUUGUUGGCCUAAGUCACUUUGUAAAACAAGUUAUAUGUUUGCUAUUUGUUUUGCUAAUUCAGAAAGUUGUCCAGAUAUGGCACCAAAUUAACUUUAUUUCUGUAUUAAGCUUAUGCCUGAAAAACCCUAAAACUGUAUACUCUUGAUUCAAUUCAAUAAAAAACUUUAAGAGUGUAAGAUA